AUGGCCAUUGUUCGCAGCCGCAAAGUCUCGCUCGCACCUGUCCUUUCUAUUUCGAUUCCUCUUGCGCUCUCACUAGCCUGGCAGCCAUUCGUUAAUGGAACCCAGUUUCCUCAAGUCUAUGCCUCGCUCGCCUUUUCUAUCCUCGCAUUCGUUGCGACUUUGGCUCUGAUCCCUCGUUUCAGUCGUGCAUUUGUCAAAAUCGGAUUGCGAGGUCGAGAUUUGCUCAAAAAGUCGGAGGAUGACGUUCCCGAGUGCAUGGGUCUGGUUGCAGCUCUGGUCUACAUCUGCGCCCUCGUCUGCUUCAUUCCGGUCCCAUUCAGUGCCGCGUUUAUCUCCGAUCCUUUGACGAGCCGGGUUAAUCCAGAAUAUGCUCCUCAUCGCCAGCUUGCCGUGUACCUCGCCGCGAUUUUGUCUGUCAUGAUUGCUACCAUCCUCGGAUUGUUGGAUGACCUGUUCGAUAUCCGAUGGCGACACAAACUGCCAAUUCCAUUGGUCGCAUCGGUUCCCUUACUACUUAGUUACUAUGCCGAGCAAGGCAACACGCACGUCGUCCUUCCCAAGCCAUUAGCUGGCUGGUUCGGCGACUUUAUCGACCUUGGCUUCUUUUACUAUGUUUACAUGGCCAUGCUAUCGACAUUUACGACCAACUCUAUCAACAUUCUCGCUGGCAUCAACGGGGUUGAGGUCGCCCAGACAAUCGUUAUCUCUGCAUCUAUCAUUCUCAAUGAUCUUCUGUUCUUGCCUUGGCCUUUUACCCUCAAACUUGGACGAAUCGAGAUCUCCGGCUUCUUUGGAAAGGCACUCGCUCAAGAGCGACAUCUAUUCAGCUUAUACUUCAUGAUGCCUCUCCUUGCCGUGUCUCUGGGCUUCGCCUACCACAACAAGUACCCCGCGCGAGCGUUCCCUGGUGACACUUUGUGUUACUUUUCUGGAAUGGCCUUUGCAGUCGUAGCGAUAUUGGGUCACUUUAGCAAGACUCUGCUCUUGUUCUUCGUCCCACAAGCAUUCAAUUUUAUUCUCAGCGCGCCACAGCUCUUUGGUCUCGUUCCUUGCCCUCGUCACCGGCUGCCAAAACUCCGGCCGGAUGGGUAUUUGGAUCCAUCAACGGCUGAAAUCGAGAAUCCAUCAGGACUGACGAUAUUCGUUCUUCAAGUCCUUAAUUUCUUUGGCCUAGCCAAGGUCAAAUUCUCUUCGGACAAGCGCCGCGGUACAACCACCAACCUCACAUUGCUAAAUUUCGUCUUAAACAAAACUGGUCCGAUCAAAGAAUCCACCUUGACUAAUUAUGUCAUUGUGAUUCAGAUUCUCAGCAGUGCCGCCGGUUUCGCUGUGCGAUAUGGCCUUGCGGGACUGCUAUACGAUGUUUACAACGCCAUAUACACUGUAGAAAACCUUUCAUUUGCCAUCCGACGCCUCGCAGCUUGGAAGUUUGCCUGUGGCCUUCCCCAUGCAUUGGACGCUGCACUCUCGCUGCUCGUCGCAAUAGAUUCUGACAGAAAGGAGUCCAAUUGCAAGAUUUCUGUUCGCCAAAACUAUGCUCUCGCGAUAAUCCGAUUCGUGAAUGGAUUCGUCGACCCAUUGCAAACAGGAGCUUUUGCAAGGCCGAUUGCAUCUAUUGCAGCACAGAUUGGGUUACCUUUGUCUCUUGUAGAUAUACGACACGCAUGUACACACGAGGAAUUGCUAUCCCUUGUGGCCUUGCGAGAUGCUGCAAAACAGGCACUCUCCUGGUUGGAGACGGCAUACUUUUUGCCCAUGCUUGCAAUCGAUCCGACCUCGAAUACUCAUGAUGCUGCCCCACCCGUCGCACCUCUACUGAAGCAGUAUAAAAGCACCAUAAAACCAAUACUCAAGGACGCAACACUUGCGAAGAUUAAUCAAAAGGAGGUCGCAUCUGUCCUUCGAGCGUUUGACGCCUGGAUCGCGGAGACAGCAGUGAUGGGAUGGAAGAUAUGGGAUGCCGAUGGCGAUGAUCGAAACGUUUGGGCAUUGGAGAAGUUGGCUACCGCGCUCACGGAAGAGGGUGGGCUGGUGCCGGUAGCCAAAAAAAAGCAACCAACCUUUGCUGAAACUCCAACUGCUGAACUUUGGUCUCCUCUACUUAGUCAUCUCCAAACGACGUAUCCCGAUUUCGCAGCCAUCCUCACCGACGCUAUCGUGGAUGCGGCCUUUGCAGGUGACGUGGAUCCAGAGGCAGACGAUAGUAGCUGGAAAGGGAAAGGCUAUUACAUGUGUCUGUGUGGGUGGCUAGCCUGGAUCACCGCGCAUUGGAGAGAAUUCGAAGGAUGCGACGCGGAUGUUCACGCAACAGCCUUUUUCGAGCGAAUCGAGGCAGGCCAUCCGGAUCUAAGUGUCCUCAUUGAAUCGCUCUCAAACAUCUUAAAGGCUACCGAGGUCUGUCGAGCGACAUAA